GGGAUGUGUUACCGGCAGUUAGACAACAGUCCUCGUGAGGAUCGCCUGUAAAUUGUUGUGUACAAAGUGAAGUGUGUAAAUUUAUUAGGUGACUUAUAUACGUAGAUAAUGGCACAAGCGACACAUCUGGACGAGCGGAGGACGACCUUGGUUCACCUCGCAGUCACGCUGUCGGUGGUCGUGGCAGCGGGGGUCGUGAGGGAGGUCAACGGCGGGUUUUCCUGCGUGAGUCGUCCCUGCGUUCACGGGAUCUGCGUCGAUCAUCUGAACAGCUCGUACUCGUGUUUCUGUACCGACGGCUACACGGGACUACAGUGCCAAACAGACUGGGACGAGUGCUGGUCCGCCCCGUGCCGGAAUGGUGCCACUUGCCUCGACCAGGUAGCGGCACUCAUCUGUGUGUGUCCGUCGGGUUAUACAGGGGAGUUUUGCGAGAGCGAGGUCAACGAGUGCCAGAGUAACCCGUGCCAAAACAAUGGCACUUGUAUCGACCUCCUGGACCACUAUGUGUGCACGUGCCCGGUCGGCUAUUCUGGUGUCAAUUGCGAAAUAGACGUGAGUGUCUGCAACGCCACAGAUCUAUCUACCAGCGACGGGCCCAGAUGUCUCCAUGGGGGCGUGUGUGUGGACGGCCCCGCCCUCUCGUACACCUGUGACUGCCCCUCAGGGUGGAGCGGCAGGGCAUGCGAAGUCGAUGUCGACGAGUGUACGGCCACACCCUGUCUGCAUGACGCGGUCUGUCUCAACACUCCUGGGAGCUUUGCCUGCGCAUGUCAGUUCGGAUACACGGGGAGGCUUUGCGAGGACGCCGUGGUGUUCUGUGAGGAUAACCCGUGCGAGAACGGGGCCCUCUGCGUCAUGGAGAACAACAACGCCACGUGUUACUGCGUUCCGGAUUUCCACGGGUCUCAGUGCCAAGAACAGUAUAACGAUUGCCUUCCGUAUGCUCCGAGGUGCAUGAACGGCGGGUCCUGCAUCGACGGCAUCGACAGCUUCUUCUGCAGCUGCCCGAACGCCGUGUCGGGCCCCCUGUGCGAGUGUGCCUUGACGGACGCUGGCGAGGAGUGCGCCGAGCUUCCUUCGUGGUUCGACGGGAGGCCCUUCCAGCCAGUGGGUUCCGGGGAGAUCGAUGUCUAUCACCAGGGGUUCAACGCCACGCACUUCGCCAACGUGACGGAACUCAGCGUCAGUGACACCCUCCCUCCCCCCUCCCCGACGGACGAGUUCCCCCUGUAUCCAACUGUAACUGUAGGGUAUGACUUUUCCAGUGAAACGUUGAUUCCGAGUUUCGAUUCCGUGACUAGUGUCCUGCAGUCGACGCUGCGGGAACCCAAGGACUUCCCAACUGAGUCUUCUGUGAUAAGUGCCAAAGUAUCCCUUGAGUAUACCGAGCCAAUAACUGCCAGUGUGCCUUACUCUUCCAGCGAACUAUUUACGCCUAUCUUUCCUUCCACUCUGAUGGAAUGGAGCGAAUCGAUGUCUAUGCAGCCAUCACCAGUGCUUCCAGAUCUGCCUUCCUCUCUGUUCCCCGAGGACGUUUCCACGGCGCUCCCCGAGGCCGCCACCCCGACCGCUGUAACUUCCUUGAGUCCGACCUUGGUGCUGGAGAGUUCUUUCUCGACGGCCGCGCCCGAUCUGAUUUCCUUGUCUGUCGUGUCGGAGAUAGAUGUGAGUACGUCGCCUUUGUUGGUCACUGUAGCAGCGUUAGAGCCCACACCCGAGUUCCUUCCUACCCCUAGCUCGCUACUACUCGUCUCGCCAGUCCCGGUAGAUGCUACAGAUGUAACGUCAGUCUUGGUAGAUGUACAUAAUGUAACAUUCGUCCCAGUAGAUGCUACAGCUGUGACGUCAGUAAUGGUAGAUGCCACAGAUAUUACGUCAGUCCUGGUAGAUACUACAGCUGAAACGUCAGUCCCGGUAGAUGCUACUGCUUCCCCGCCAACCUCUGUUGAUUUUGGCAACGCAUCGCUUGUUCCCGACUUCAACGAAACUCUUGCACCAGGGACUGACCUAGUAGUCACCUCCUCGCUUCCCAGUGAAACUUCCACAGCCGAAGACGUCACGGCGGGGCUUUCAACUCUUGUGCCUGAGACCACAGCUCUUCCAGAAAACAUAAGCGAUUAUCUUACAGACCAAGAUAAUAUAACCGAGCCCUUCCUCACUACCGAAGACAGUGUCUUGGGCUCCGAGCUCCCCGGCCUCACCACUCCCUACACCCCCGAAGAGAGCUUGAAUUUCACCGAAACUGUGUCUCCUGUGACAGACCUCGUGACCCAGACUGACCUUUCCACCACGCAGGCCCCUGAGACAACAGACGUGACGAGAACGAGCGUGGCGAGGACGACCCCUGCGCCAGACUACGAGGACUCGGGCGGGAACGUUACUGACGCGACUUCGACAGAAGCAGCUCCCGUGACAUCGACUCUUUCUGCAAUUGAUAAUUUGACCUCCACCGAUUCUACCUCUGAUAUAAACUCCACGACAGAUUCAAUUUCUGGCAUUGAUACUACAUCCUCAUUCUAUGACACUACUCAUUUAAUAACAGAGCAGGUGACUUCCACAGACUACUUUGAUGAUGUCAACAUAACAACGCCUGACGCUGAUUUCACAGAGGCACCUACGACUCCCUUAACAGCUGACGUUGCCACAACAAGCGCCAUUGAUACUAUGCUGACAACAGGGUUUGUUGACACUACACAAACGACAGAUGCUGACACUAUGCCAACUGUAGACUUUGUGGGAACAGCGCCAACAACAGAUUUUGCCAGCACACAAACGACAGAUUUUGCCAGCACACAUACCGUUUAUUUUCCUAGUACACCAACUACAGAUUUUGACAGGGCGCCAACUACAGAUUUUACCAGCACACUAGUGACGGACAUUACCCGCACACCAAUUACAGAUAUCGGUGAAACAACUUCAACAACAUUUGAAGAUAAAACAACAAUAAGUACUCCUACAGAGACAACCACAUUAGCUACAAGUGAUGAAACUUUAACCACAGUUGAUUUAACAACAGAGAGCAUAGAUGUUGUAGACACAACGUUAACAGCAGGCGUUAUUGACACUACAACAACAGCAGAGACUACAGGCGCGACACAAACAACAGAUGCCAUCACCGAAGCACAAACAACAGAUGUGUCGUUAACGAGUCCAGAAACAACAGACAUUAUAAGCUUUACAGAAACUCAGACGAAAAUCUUCACAGAAUAUACUGAACCGACACAAACUACGCCCCUUACAGACACAGCAGAAUCUACUACUAUUGAUAUGACGAGCCUCAGUCCUGUUUACACCGAAGGCUUAACGACAUCAACAGAGGCGGCAGUGUACAUCACUUCAGAGACUCCCGUGACGCUGGAGUUGAUUCCCGAGGAGCACGCGUACACCCAAACUUCCGGGGAGGAAGUCCUCACCACCACGACGGAAACUCCCGAGGACGUGAAGACAGACGCAGGGACGACCACACUACCCACGACGACUAAGCCAGACGAACCUACAGACCUGGCGUUCACUACAACGACCAGUCUUGUUGACCUGUUUACCAUUGUGACUGAUCCAGGUGUAGAGCCAAGGAAUGUGACAAUACCUGACGACCAUCUACUUUAUAACGCCUCCUUGGGCUCGAGCACGACUCUCGCUGAGGAGCCGACGAUGAUGACGCCAAUCCCAGUGGCAGCCACGACCUCAAUGACUCGGACUCCUGACGGGACAGCCAUACCGCCGACGACUGACUUGCAGCCUUCAGCCACGCACGUUUCUCUCACGAUAACGACCUUGUCUUCCCCCCUCCCGACGGCGCCCGCGACCACACCGAAGGUCCCGUUGUCCCCCACGCCCAGCACCCCCCGCGAGACCGACGUGCCCGUGGAGACCCCCGACUACACGGGCAGCCCGAGCGAAAAGGAGCCCGUUUUCGACACGACGACGCCUCCGACAGGGUCGCUGCCGCCGCAGGUUGUGACCUCCGCUACGACCUCCGAGACUCAGAGCGACCAGGCUCCCCCGGCACAGUGCGGGGACGGCUUCUGCCUCAACGGAGGGACCUGCGUGACCCGCGACGGAAAGUCCUCCUGCAAGUGUCCGUUUAACUAUAAGGGCGGCUACUGCGAACUAUAUUUCUACAUCAACAAACCGUAUUUCGUUGGAGCCUCGUAUCUUGGUGUUGAUGUGGGAAACCUUUCACUCAGACAAGGAGUGCAGGUUUACGUUCAGUUUACGUCUCAGAGUCCCAAUGGCUUGGUGGCCUACAGCGAGGGCCCGAGCGACGCUUUCUUCAUGCUCCUCCUGAGGAAUUCGUUGCUUCAGUUCGUGUUCUCGUGUGGCCUGCAGACCGUGUCUUUCCUGCAGGGGAAUGAUAAGCUGGCCAGGAACUUCCGUACUGAUGUGUCUGUAAGGAUGUGGUGGACGCCAUAUGAACCAGACGUGCCGUGGGGAGCUGGCAAAUGCAGCGCGUCUUUACAGGUCAACGACACGUCACCGAUCUACAGCGAGCAGAGGUCAUCCACUCCCUCGGUCCGCCUAGGUCACGUGUACCUCGGGGGUCUCCCCUCCUCCUACUCCUCUCCUCUGGUGGUCAAGGCUGGGUUCCUGCCGCGGCUGCAGGGGUGUGUGUCUAUCCUGGAGGUCAACGGGCGUGAAAUCGACACGUGGGUGGAGGGCGUAGCAGGCGAGGGCGUCCAGGAGUGUGGGACGGCGCUGUGUCCUCCUGGCUCUUGUCUGAACGGCGGGUCCUGCGUGCCAGGUCCUGCGGUGUGGGCCUGUAACUGUCCGCCUGGGUACCACGGCGAACUAUGCGAGCGUGCUGAGUGUAGUGGGGGGUCGCCUUGUCACAGCGGCCAGUGCGUGACAAGCGUACUCCGGCCGAAUCCCCUGUGUAUAUGUCCCCCGCACCGUCACGGCCUCUACUGCGAACUGGAGCGAGUGGUAGAGAGACCCUCCUAUGCCGGUACAGUCGAGGGUUACAGUUCGUACUCGGUGUACAGGAUCGAGGAAGAUGUCACACUCGGCCUUGCUUUGAGACUUCACUUCACGACGGAGGCUCUGCGGCAGGUGGGGUUGAUAGCCUACCUUGGCAACAGUGUAAGGAGUGCCACGCGGGACUUCCUGGCAUUCAGUCUCGUACGAGGGCACCUCAUGCUCACGUGGGACCUUGGCGCAGGCCCCAGGCGAUUGAUGACGGCAGAGGCCCUGGACGGCAGGCUGCAUACCCACACGGCGCUGCUCGUACGGGAGGGGAAACGGGCGUGGCUGCAGGUGGACACGCAGAAGAAUGUUACAGCGACAUCACCGGGCUAUCUCUCUUCCCUUAACACUAAUAAUCUGCUUUAUAUCGGUGGACACUCCUCCUGGAACAUGACUCACCUGCCGGCGGACAUGUGGCGCCACGAGGGCUUCCGAGGCUGCGUGUUCGACCUGAGGGUGGCGCGGAAGUCUUCAGGGCCCUGGACUGCCCUGAGGGUGGCGGGGGCGGCGAACGUGAGAGAGUGCGGGGAGGAAGUGUGCUCGAGGGAAUCCUGCAAAAAUGGCGGAACGUGCAUUGAGGUCGGCGCUACGUACAGGUGUCACUGCACCGUCGGGUGGAAAGGACCCCGGUGCGGAGUCCCGAGCCACGUUUGCGAAGGGAGCCAGCAGUCCUGUGCCCCCGGAGCCUCCUGCCUGCCCGCCGCGUCACCUGACUCCUCGUCCACUUGCCUCUGUCAAAUCGGCCGAACAGGACCUCGUUGUGAGAAAGCGAUCAACAUCACCGACCCCCAUUUCUCCGGCGUGGGUUCCUACCUGAGCCUCCUCGCACCCAACAUCAGGAGAGAGACGCGGGUUACCAUGGCCUUCAAGCCGGAGACUCUCGAUGGGCUACUGUUCCUCGCCUUACCCAGGACGUCUCCGGGAGAUUUCCUGGCUCUCGCUCUCGUCAACGGGACACUCCAGCUUACGUAUCAUUUAGGCUGGCGCGCCCCUGGCCUGACACUCCUCCGUUCGCGUGACGCCGCAGUGACGGGGGAGUGGCAGAGCGUGACGGUGACGCGACGAGGGGGUGACGGGUCCCUGUUCUUCCGAGGGCAGACCACAACGGCAGCGUCCUCGGAGUCCAGAGCCAGCAUGCUCGACACUCACCCGGAGGUCUUCGUUGGAGGGGUCCCAGACUACGAGGUCGUGCCACCAGAAAUAGCUCCAGCAAGCAGUCGUGUGGCCUUCCGUGGGUGCAUUCGAGAGGUUAAUAUCAACGGCCACGACUUCGACAUGAGGGCUCCUGACGACGGGGAAGUGUUGCGAGGGGCGGGUCUCGGGGACUGCGACGGCACGGCGUGUGGGCGGCACGUCUGUCUACACGGCGGCACGUGCACUCCUGCAGGGGAUACGUUUGUCUGCAGCUGCACAGAGGAAUACACGGGGGCGAGAUGCCAGCUCCCACGCGCGUGCCUUGACCACUCCUGCAUCAACGGCGGAACCUGCGUGCCUACAGAGAGCUCUGGGAACAAGAAGAAAAAACGACGUCAGGUCUUGAGCCGAGACGGAGAAAAGUCGCCACGGUAUCAGUGCCUUUGCCCUCCGGGUUUCGUAGGCGCCCGAUGCGAGAAAGGAGCGGAAGUUUCUGCCCUGAAGUUCAGUGGGCGGAGCUUCGCCGUUGUACCCCAAGGGCCGUUCGGAAGCCCCAUGCCCCACAGGGACUCCUUCGCUCUCAACUUCUCCACGGCCGUGCCUCACGGACUCAUGUUGUGGCGAGGACAGCCCGACGCCCCCGUUGAGGAUUUCCUUGGCGUGGGAUUAGCAAGUGGGCGGGUGAAGGUUGUGUGGCAUUUGGGCGGAGAUGGAGUCGGCCAACUACAGGUAGAAGAACGUGUGGCGGACGGGUCGUGGCAUAGCCUGGUGGUGACGCGGGCGGGGGCGGUGGUGACGGCGUUCCUGGAUGGGCGUCCACACAAGGCGCGGAGUCCGGGCACCUUCUCACAGCUUAACGACCGCGAUGGGGUCGUUUACGUGGGUGGGUUCCCUCCAAGUACUAACGUGGCAUCUGGCACCGACGGGCACUUCCUCAGCGCCUUCGUCGGGUGCCUGAGGGGCGUGACGGUCCACCAGGGCUCCUCCCCCGUCAGGUUCUCCUCCCUCUCCCGUGGUCAGGACCUCCAGCCUUGUUUCUGAGGGCCUCCCGCAGUGCAUUCAGUCUGAUGCUGGAGACUUUACUUGGUUGCCUUGGGGCUGCGACGAGAUGUUCUACAGAUUUUAUUUUAUUUAUAUAUUUUUUAAAAGAUAUCCUCCACUUUUGGAAGAUUAACAUAAAAGUGGUAACAAACAACUUUGUAUACAAGCAUACAAACAAAAACAAAAAAUAAACUUGUACAUACCUACCUACCUACAUUCAUACAUGCAUGCACACACAUAAAACACAUACAUAUAUACAUACAUGUGUCUGUUAUACGUGUUCUUCAUAAACAUAAUCGCUAAUGAUGUCUAAGCUUUAUCUAUGCGUCGUCCUAAGAUAAAGUCACUGCCAGAAUUGCUGUAUAUAUGGCGUUUACAUAUCUGAAGUGUUCAUUGUAGAUAUUAUCAUGUUGCAUAUAUUUUAUUAAAGCUUUAAAAGUUAAUGUUUUGCAGUCUUUAACGUUUCUAUGUGAAUAUUUAUCACUCCUAUUUCUAUGUAAUGUAGAUAAGAAGUAGCAGUCAGAUAGAUGGAAUUUCUGACUGCUAAACUGCACAUAAAUUUAAAAUCCAAAAGUACGAAGGUAUAAGACCAAUAUUUAUACCAUAGUUUUUAUUUCAUUGUAAAUGUAAAUGUUUAUAUUUUUGUUGAAGUCAGUCUCUCUGUAGGUCAUUGCUGUCUCUUGCUUAUCGAUAAUUAGUUAACGUAAGGUGAUGUUGGGACCAAACGUUUAUGCGUGACAAAUCGUAUCAUAUGGGACCUAAUUUUCUAUUUACAUAGAUGGUCCUUAUUUAUCAGUCACGUGAAAAAUGAUACUGUAUUCUUGUAAGCAAGAUUUAUUUGCUCACUUUAUUUCUCCUCAUUCUUGAUGCAUGUUUUUAUCCUGUUGUUAAUGUAUUCUUAACAUUGUUGUUUAAAACAAAAAAGCGUCUUCUUUGUAAACAUCUUCAGCAGUGUUGAAUUUGCAAUAGUCAAGUUGCUAAUAUUUAGUAUUCUUGUUUCUGACUGAGUAUAUGACGUUAAAUUUCAGCCAUAAAAAAUACUAGAAAAAAAACUCCAUGAAGCUGCAGGUAGGAAUGCAAUCUAAAAGAAAUGUUCAAUAAAAAACAACAACACAGAAAUGAUUCGCAAAUUACAUUCAAUACUCGUUUUCUUUUCAUUAUUCAGUGGGUUAGACUAUUGUACAACGAAGUUCACGCGCAAAUGUGCCUAAAAAUUCACAAAGUGCCAAAGACGCUUGUCAUACAAAGCGAAGGGGAUGUGCAAUACAUUUUUUGGUGAAUGUGUAGAUAUAAUUGUUAUUUUAUUUUAAUAAACUUCUAAUUUUA